AAAGAGAUAGUUUUCAGGCAGUCUUUUUACUUUGUUUAUGGUUAAAGCAAGGAUACGUUCUGACCAUCAAUAAAUAUACAAACUUACCAUUCAACAAGAACCAGAAGGUUGCCUUCAUCAAACAUGGCUCCAAAUAUAUGGAUUUUUCACAUUUUAUCAGCCAUAAUUUGGGCAGUAUCUUCCCAGUCUUUAUCCGAUACACCAUCCAAAUGUUGUGGAGAGAAGGGAGACAGAGGGCCACCAGGACUUCAAGGAUCUCCAGGGAUACCUGGAUUUACAGGACAACCAGGAUUUCCGGGAAUCAAAGGAGAACGAGGAUUACCAGGUCACGAUGGCUUUCCAGGAAUGCCAGGAGUACCAGGAUAUGGAGGUGUAAAAGGAGAUAAGGGAGAAAGUACAGUUUCAGAACUUGAAGAAUUAAAAAAACAAAUUACUCUCAUGGAUGGUCAACUGAGUGCAUUGAAGUCAGACGUCCAAAAUUUGGCAUCAGCACAAAAGAAAGCAUUGCUGUUCUCCAAAGUGACGUUUACUGAGAAGAAACUGUUUGCUACAAAUGGCUUUGAAGGUGACUAUAAAGAAACAAAAUCUAUAUGCUCGGUGGCAGGAGGUCGGCUAGCAACACCACAGAAUGCAGAAGAGAAUGAAGCUGUAUUAUCAAUAGUUUUGCAUUACAACAAAAUGCCAUAUUUGGGAAUUCAUGAUAUAGAGACAAAAGGCAGUUAUAAAUACCUAAACGGAGAAUUAAUUGGUUAUACUAACUGGAAUACUGAGGAGCCAAACAGUAAACACGAUGGAGAUGAUUGUGUGGCAAUGUUUACAAACGGAAAAUGGAAUGUCAUAAAUUGUAAGGAAAAUCACCUGGUCAUAUGCGAAUUCUGACUUGCUAUUCCUAUAUAAUGUGUAGGUGCAACCUCUCUGUGAGAAAAGUGCAAAACACGUAUUCCCUACAAUAGUAAAUAUCAUGUUCAAAGGGGCAUGAAACUACAAUGUGUUCAUGAUUCGGAUAGAGCAUACAAUUCAAACAACUUUCCAAAUUUACAUCUAUUAUCAAAUUUGCUUCAUUCUUGUGAUAUCCGUUGUUGAAGAAGCAGCAAAGCACUACUGGAAUCUAGCUGAACACAUAUGGUGAGCCAAUGACAAGAGGCAUAUAUGUGCAGCCAGCCACCAAUCAGCAGAUAGCUCCUAGCAGGGCAUUGUUGCUCCUUCAACAAUGGAUACCAAGGGAACAAAUGAAUAUGUCAAUCACAAUACUUUAAAAAAAAAAUAUCAGAUGAUUUUCAACAGUCUAUAAGGAUUUUUGUAGAUACAUUUUUUGAUACGUUUUUCUAAAGAAUUGCGAUCAAGCCACAAAUGAGAUAAAAUAAGUAAAUUUAAAGGGACAGUCUACACCAGCAUUGUUAUUGUUUUAAAAGAUAGAUAAUCCCUUUAUUUCCCAUUCCCCAGCUUUGCAUAACCAACACAGUUAUAUAAAUACACUUUUUACUUCUGUGAUUAUCUUGUAUCUACACUCUGCACACUACACCCUUAUUUUAGUUCUUUUGACAGACUUGCAUUUUAGCCAAUCAGUGCUGGUUUCUAGGAACUCCACGUGCAUGUGCACAGCGUUAUCUAUAUGACACACAUGAACUAACACCCUUUAGUGGUGAAAAACUGUCAAAAUGCCCUGAAAGAAGAGGCGGCCUUCAAGGGCUUAGAAAUUAGCAUAUGAACCUUCAAGGUUUAGCUUUUAACUAAGAAUACCAAGAGAACAAAGCAAAAUUGGUGAUAAAAGUAAAUUGGAAAAUUGUUUAAAAUUACAUGUCCUAUCUGAAUCAUGAAAGUUUAUUUUGGACUAGACUGUCCCUUUAAUUUUGACUUUACUGUCCCUUUAAGUUAGGAUCCAGAAUAGCUUCAAAGUAAGUCAAAAUCAUUUUGAUGGUCAAAAAACACCUUUAGUGGUAUAUGUCUCCCCAGAUAUAUAACCACUUAACCAACUUGUUCCUAUUUUUUUUUUUACAUUUUUCAGUUAAUCAAUUCUCCAAGACGUAUCCUAUUACAUAGAAAACCAGAGAACAUUUAUAUUGUAAUAUAAAAUAAAGAUAUUUGUGACAAUAAA